UUAAACGAGGUUUACGCGUUUUGCUCGGUGAACUGCAGCAGCUGCUCCCAUCGCUCCAGCUCAUCCCUACCGUCCUUCGACUUCAGCCAUUGCCCGGUUUUCGGUACCGGUAAUCAGUCACUGUCGUUAACCCCACAAUGACAUACGACGGCUCCCUGCCCUUUGGGCAGUUUCCCGGUGGCAAGGUCAUCCCAACCCACUGGAGUGCUGCUCAGAUUGUCUAUACGAUUUUCAUGGGUACAUUGUUGCUCGCUGCUAUUUUGGAGUGGUUCCUCUUUCUGGCUGCAUUCAUGUACUGUUUCGUCAAGGUCUACCAGAAGGCUGAGACGAGAGGUAUCAAGAUUAUGGCCAGCAUCAACAUCAUCGUUUUCUGUGCUUUGAGAGGUGUCUUCUUGCCGAUCACGCUCGUUACGGUUCCUCUUGUUCCUCAGAUUCAGCAAUAUAUCCCAGAGCGAUUCGUCUGGUUCUGCCAGUGGUUCGCUUUCUGGGCGUUCUCUGGUCUUCUCACCAUUCCAUGGCUUUUCUGCGUUUACCGUCUCGUCACCACCAAUGUCGGCAAGCACCGUCGUAUCAAGGAGGUCCUCGAUGAGAACACUGCGCCCAAGGUCGUUGUUGUCAUGCCUAUCUACAACGAGAUCCCGCACAUCCUCAUGCACGCUAUUGACUCUGCUGUCGAGGGUGACUACCCCGCGUCUUGUGUGCACAUCUUCUGUUCCUUCGAUGGUGACGAGGAGAACGAGCUUUACCUCAAGACCCUCGAGUCUUUGGGCGUUCCCUUGAGUUUGGACACGUACCCUAUUUCGCUCGAUGUCACCUACCGUGGGGCGCGUAUCACUGUCUCCCGCUUCCCUCACGGAGGAAAGAGGCAUUGUCAGAAGAAGAGUUUCAAGCUUAUUGACCGCAUUUACGUCGACUACCUCAAGACCAACGACAACUUGUUUAUCUUGUUCAUCGACUCCGACAUUAUCCUCGACAAGGUCUGUAUCCAGAACUUCAUGUACGAUAUGGAGUUGAAGCCUGGAUCUACGAAGGAUAUGCUUGCCAUGACUGGUGUAAUUACGUGUACUGCCGACAAGCAAUCUCUCAUUACGGUUCUUCAGGAUGUUGAGUACAUUCAUGGUCAGCUCUUCGAGCGUUCCGUCGAGUCUGCCUGUGGUGCUGUUACCUGUCUUCCCGGUGCUCUCACUAUGCUUCGUUUCUCCGCUUUCCGCAAGAUGGCCAAGUACUACUUUGCCGACCAAGCCGAGCACUGUGACGAUUUGUUCGAUUUUGGAAAGUGUCACUUGGGUGAGGAUCGUUGGUUGACCCACUUGUUCAUGAUUGGUGCCAAAAGACGCUACCAGCUCCAGAUGUGUUCCGGUGCUUUCUGCAAAACUGAGGCCGUCUUGACCUUCGAGUCAUUGUUGAAGCAGAGGCGUAGGUGGUUCAUUGGAUAUAUCACCAACGAGGCUUGUAUGCUUACGGAUAUCCGUUUGUGGAGGAGGUACCCCAUUUUGUGUUUGGUGCGUCUCAUGCAGAACACCAUUCGUACUACCGCUCUUUUGUUCUUCAUCUUGGUCUUGUCCGUCAUUACGACCAACCAGACCAUUGGACAGAUUCCCGUUGGUUUCAUCGCCUUCUCCUUGGGUCUUAACUGGGCGCUCAUGAUCUACUUUGGAUUGAAAUUGAGGAGAUUUAAGGCGUGGCUGUACCCGCUUCAGUUCGUCAUCUCGCCCGCCUUCAACUGGAUUUACAUGGUUUACGGUAUCUUCACCGCUGGUCAGCGUACUUGGGGUGGACCUCGUGCCGAUGCUGCGAAGGCCGAUCCUCAGACUACUCCUGCGGAGGCUAUUGCACAGGCUGAGGCUACUGGUGAUGAAUUGAACGUUGUUCCUGAGACUUUCAGGCGUAACACGAUUGCUCCUCUUCCUACUCAGCCUGAUGACCGUGUUGAUGGUAUGUUCACGGAGGGUCUGGAGGAGGGCCGUGAGGGCGUCUACGCCGAGAGCGAGUGGAACAACUCUAUGGACUCGCUUCCCCACAACAACCAGAUCCAUGCGGCUCCGGGUGCACGUCGUAUGACGCUCCACCCUAACCCCUCGUUCGACUCUAUUGCCAGUGGUGAUGAGUCCUCGGUUAAUCUUCCCCGAAGGGUCGAGUCUAUCAUGGACGGGAAUGAGAGUGACUCAUACUCGUUCGAGUUCAAGCACGGACGUACUGAAAGCUCUGGAAGCGAGGGCUCUUUCCGUACUGACGAGCAGUUGGUGCAGCCUGAGCCUGCGUUGACUUCUGGUCAGGACAGGUCAUAUGCUCGGGGCAAGUCUGCACCAGUUCGCAAGUCUAGGUUGGGAGGCAACGUCGUAAGUGGCGGUGACGAGUUCGUCAGUGACGGCGAGGAAGGCGGAGAAAAUAUCACGUUGGUGGAUCUUGACACUCCGGAAAGGCGUGGGAGGUCUCCCGGUGGAAGGCCCGAGUAGAGGGCAGAAGGACGAUUUGCAUGGCCAUAAAACUUUACUACAAGCACGCACACUACGCAG